CUUUAAACCGUCACUGCAAGCAAGUUGCACACAUUUCUCCCCUUGUUUCUCCAAACGAGCAAAUUAUUUCCAUAGGAGCGAUAUUUAACUACGAUAUCCACAAGUCGUUCGAAAUAAAAGAUCUAUACAUAACUGACGUAACUUCACUUCACUUGAUGGUGGCGUCCUUGCCUCCGGAUCUACUCCUGCUAGUCCCGGCAAUGAUCUUCUACAUAGAUACGGGUCUGGUAUGCGGUUCGCUGCACGUAUCCGGACUACAUACAACGUCUCGCAUAUCUUACGGUCUACCGUCUCAGAUAAAAAGACUGCCUACCCUUGAUAGGUUUGACAGGCAAAAGCCCACGCCCACACGUCCACGGUUGGUUUAGUAUUGCUGCAACAUGCAAUAGUUAAUACCUACCUAACGUAUAGUAACUACAGAGAUAAGCCUACGAAGCUCGGUUUAUAUGCGCGCAUCAAUAUUUAAGCUGGCACUACCAAAUAUUGAGUUGAGCCAUUUCAGCCAUUGGUUAAAUGUAACGUCGAAGAAGCUUAGCCCGUAGCCAUGUAUUUCGUGAUACUCCAUUGGGUAUUGCGACAGCCCAACGGUUUCAUUCUGAUCAAUCAUUAAUAAGGCGGUUUAGAAUACCUACCAAAGUGUAGGUUGUAGUGCAGUGCUUGAUACUCCCUACCGAGGGUAUGCACUAUAGAGUAGGAGACCCUCUAGCUCGAGAGCUCUAGCUUAUCUAUAAACAAGCUUCCUUAACCGAAAGCUACCCAAGUAAGUCCAGACGAGUCUAGGCAUACGCAUAUUUAAGAUAAUGCUACAAAGACGG